ACAAUAUACGGAUAUCCGCUCUCCUUUCAACUUCUGGUCGAGUCUCUCGUCCUCUUCAUCCCACCCUCCUUCCUCUCAGCCUCGCUGUCGCCUCUCUCUCCUCUGCGGUCCCGGCAGACUUGCAGACUGGUCACUCCUUCACCCGCUCUGCCCUUGAGAUUCCUCGGCUCCCUCUUCGCCGCUUCACCCCCGGCCGCUCGUCGCCUCCACCUAAUAUCUUCCCUCCGAGCCCACACUGCGCCCGCCGCCUUUCUCUCCCGUCGUGUCGCCAUGUCCUACUACGAUAAUGCCUCCUGGCCGGCUCCUGGGCGACAGCCCUCGUGGGAACAGCAGCCUCCGCCCUCGCGCUCUGGUGCCAGCUCCACCGUGAACCGGGAUGAGAUCGUCGCCUUCAGCGCCCAAUUCGAAGAGGUCGACCGUGCUGCCGAGAACCUCGCGAAGAGCGGAAAGUCCUUUGGUGUGGGUACUCCUGGACCUGGUCGUCGGGACUCCAUGCCCAUCAACGCAGGACGUCCUUACUCCGAGUAUGGCGGACCCCAGCGCCACCAUUCCGUGAGCGAAUACGACGGCAUCCGAUCGCACUCCGCGUCCAACCUUCAAGGCUACUAUGCGAACCAGCGCUUCGCCCCUCGCCCCAACGACGCCGAUCAGAUGGCCCAGGCUAAGCGGAGGAUGGCGGCUCAGCGGGAGCGGGAAUUGCGAAAUUAUCAUCAAGAGCAGCAGUAUCACAGGAGUGUACAUGCAGACGUUUCUGGUGCGAAAUCCGAUCGAUCCAUGAGUCCAAAUGCGAUGAGUGAAGAGGACCGUCGUGAGCUCAUUGCCCGCCAACACCGUGCUCUCUACGGCGACGGCUCCACGCUGUACGGACCUGAGGGCACCCGUACCUCCAGCCAGGACGCUCGAGUCGCCACCAGCUCCGCCGGCCGCGGUGCCUCUCCCUUGGCCUUUGACCCCUUCGGUAUGCAGUCCCAGGGCGCCUCUGGUGAAGGUUCUGUCCAGAUGCCAUCUCGGGAGCAGAUGUCGAGCAAGGACACCAGUGCAGGAGCUCAGCAAGAACGUGCCACCAGCAACUCUUCGCCAUCCUCCUCUCAACCCAACACCUCGUUCAACCUUUUCGAGAACGCGCAGCAGUCCAGCCGCACAUCCAACUCAUCCCCUGGCGGAUCUCCACCCCGCCAAGGGGCAAAGGCCGCUACAGGUGUAGCUCCAAUUGGCACUCGUCCUGCUCAGAACCAGGCAUCGCCCCCGGGUGCUCCUCUAAGCAAGCGGUCCACGACCCCUCUCCCUUCUCCUUUGAGCUACUCGUACAACGCCAGUGAGCAACAAAACAACAACAAUAAUAACGACCACAACUCGUCUGCUUCGUCGAACCCGUCGUCCAGCGUGGCAGACAAGGGUGUCGGUCUUGGCUGGGGCAGCAACAGCGGCGUCUGGGGACCCUCCAAGAAUACCCUUGGUGUCCAAGCCUCCGUUUGGGGCUAGAAAAAUGUGAUAUUUUGGUGGAGUUUGAUCGAUGCACAAUCCGGAGUUUCUGCAUUCAAGGUGUCCCGGGCAUUAUUGUGUCGGUCUUGGUUGGGGCUGGGGGAAAUCGAACAAAUGGUCUGGUCUGGUCGGUCGGUGCAAAAAGUCAUCCUGGGAAACAAAGGGCCUAUUCUUCCUCU